UUGGUGUGAGAUGGCCUUAUCGUUUCAGUCGAGCCAAAACUCCAGAGGUGUAUCGGUAAGGUCGCUGUCCAGUAUGCGCGAGGAGUCCCUGCCGAUGUUGGCAGAGCGACUGCUGGCGAGCCGAGCAGCGGCUUUGGUGGCAGGGCUCCCGGCGGAGCUGUACUCGGGAGCGCUGCUGGCCGCCUGGCCUCCGUCGCCUCCCGCGCCGCUCCUGCCGCCGCCCGCUCCCGAAAUCGAGCGCGCUCGCAAGCAGCGUCGCCGCACUCCCAAGCUCGACGAGACCUCGCCGACUGCGCCGCCGUCGCCGCCCUCCUCCGGUUCCUCGCCCGGCGCCACUGACCCCCCUCGAGACAAACUCUUCACGUGUAAAGUUUGUUCGAGAUCUUUUGGCUACAAACAUGUUCUCCAAAAUCACGAGCGGACCCACACCGGUGAAAAGCCAUUCGAGUGCGGCGAAUGUCACAAGCGGUUUACGCGUGAUCACCAUCUUAAGACACAUCUGCGCCUGCACACCGGUGAAAAACCGUACAGUUGCCCGCAUUGCCCUCGUCACUUCGUGCAAGUUGCGAAUCUCAGGCGACAUCUUCGCGUUCACACCGGGGAGCGUCCGUACGCGUGCGCGCGCUGCCCGGCCCGCUUCUCCGACUCCAACCAGCUGAAAGCUCACGCUCUGGUGCACGAAGGUGACGCGCCGUUCGCUUGCCGCUGCGGCGCCAGGUUCCGGCGGCGGCAAGCGGCGGCUCUGCACCGAUGCUCGGGCGGCGGCUGCGAGCCCGACACGCCCAGUCCUCCCGCGGCCGUCGCGCCCGACUGGCGCUGGGACGAGUGGCCCGAGCAGACGGAACCCGAAGACCUGUCGCUGCCGCGAAGGCCGGCCACGCCGGACUCGCCGACCGACCUGCGCAUGCACUCGGCGUAG